GUCCAUUUGACUUGUAAGAUGGAUAAAGGGUUUUUCAUUGAUGAUGCAGAACAAUGGACCUGCUACCGUCGCAAUUAUUUCCAAAUAACAGCUAGUUGUAGUAUAGAAGGGCAUACAGACGGUAUACUUUAUGGACUGCAACUAAGCGAAGAUAAACCGCUGCUACCUGUUCAACAGUUUUACUUGCGACUAGAAAGCUCUUCUGUUUUUUUGGAAACUCAUAAUAUGAUCAAACCUGUUGCUUUAACACAAAUGACAGCUAAACGUGACAAGGGACCACAACGAGAGCCGCCUCUAUUGGCCAUCAUUCCUAUUGAUGUAAAGGAACAAAAUAAGGUGUGUACUUUUGACCGUCUUCAAUUCAAAACAGCUACAGCAAAUAAUGGAAAACGUAAAGCGACGCAACAAUAUUUCCGAUUACGAGUAGAGCUUCUUGUAGAGUUAUCCGACGGGUCGCGACAUGUCGUUUCCGAAUGUUAUUCACUACCAGUUAUUGUUAGAGGAAGAAGCCCAGGCCAUUACAGUGCUGAAGACAAACAGAAACAACAGCAACAGCAGCAGCAACAGCCUAUACGCUUUCCAUAUUCUCCUCAGCCACAUCACUCACAGCAGAUGAUGUCCCCGUCGCAUUCUCAACAUGCUAUGGCUGCGUUCAGUAACUUUCAUGGUCGAUCCCAAAGCGCCAAUGAUUGCGAUGCCUAUCAUCGG